GCAGCUGCCGUGCCGUGCGAACACCAAGCGGCCAGCGAGGCUCCGCUCGCCGCUUGCACGCAGACGCUGGCACCGGGACGUGCUCACUGGCGCACGCGUGCACGCGAUGAGGCCCUUCCUGCUCACGCCGGGCGCCGCCCGCCUCGCGUCGGCGGCCCCCUCGCCGUCAACGUUCUCGCGCCUACUCCUCCCGCUCCACCUACAAAAUAAUGGCUGGCGCAACCACCGCCGUAACGUCCACUCCUCCUCCCCUCUCCUCUACCCGCGCCUCCGCAAUCGCCGCUGCGGCCGUUUCUUCGCGUCCUCCCAGAUGGCGGCGCCUGCCGAUGCCCCCGGCGGAUCCGCGGACGCGUUCGAGGUGAUCCGUGCCCACCAGGCGAAAGCUGCUCGUCUUCCUCCUGUUGAAGAAAUUCGGAUAAUUUUGGAUCGAAGUGUCAGGGGUGUUCUUGCCACCCAUUCUCAGGAGCAUGCUGGUUAUCCAUCUGGUUCAAUGGUCGAUUUUGCAUGUGACCAGGAUGGUUCGCCCAUAUUAGCAGUGAGUAGUUUAGCAGUUCAUUCAAAGAAUCUCUCUGGAAAUCCUAAAUGCUCACUUCUCGUUGCCAAAGACCCCGAGGACAGGACAGAUACUGUAAUUACUGUAUAUGGUGAUGCUGUCCCUGUUUCUGAUGAAGAAAAAGAUUCAGUGAGAAGUGCGUACCUUCGAAGACAUCCUGAGGCUUUUUGGGUUGACUUUGGUGACUUCAGUUUCCUGCACAUUAAACCGAAAGCUGUGCGCUAUGUAUCUGGUGUUGCAACUGCUCUCCUUGGCUCUGGAGAAUUCAAUGCCGCUGAGUGCAAGGAAGCAAAAGUUGACCCAAUAUCUCAAUUCUCUACUCCUAUUACAAGCCACAUGAAUAAGGAUCAUGCUGAUGAUACGAAGCUCAUUGUGCAACACUCAACCACUGUUAAGGUGGAUUUUGCUUAUAUGCUGGAUGUGGAUAGCCUUGGUUUCAAUGUGAAGGCUGGUUAUGAUGGAAGUGUUCUGAAGUUGCGUAUUCCCUUCCCUAGGCAGGCGCAAGACAGGAAGGAUGUUAAGACACUAAUUGUGGAAAUGCUCCAAGCUGCAAGAGCCUCAUCUUCACAUGCCGAAUGAUGUCAUCUGGAAGGUGAUGGAUUUGCCGAUGUAAACGAAGGAAAACCAAGAUCAACAAGAGCUCUUAGGUUUCCGUUCAGUCUCAGCACCAGUUGAAGAUGGAGCCACAGAAAUAUCAUGGUUUGAUACGUCACUUUGCUGUAUAUAACCAAGAACAGCUUACGUGAAGCACUUCCAGUUGAACAAAUAAAAGCGACUUGCAUACCACACUGAAGCGCUUCGCUCCCAUGCAACUAUUUUAGCUGAUUGUUCACCAAACAAAAGGCUAUCUUAUUGCAAGGAUACAAAAAAUGUUAACAGCUAAAA